AUGAUGGGUCCGCAACAGGGCCGGCACAGCCGCGAUGCACACGUUGAGGCAAUCGACCUGACUUUCUCAUCACCUGAGCCGGAGACCAUGCCCGCAUCACAUGUGAACAAUAAUCUGCGACAACAACAACCACCUACUGCAAGAUUCAAGCAAGAGCCGGGAGCUUCGUACAGGAGUGCGCACAAGGACCACAUCCAAUGGCAAGAUUCCACCCGAAACGGCAAUAAUCCGCAGCAGCAGCCUCGUCAAAUCAACCCGCAUCAUGUUAAGCAGAUCGUUGAUACUAGUAGCCCUCGUGCAUUACGGCACAUUGUUUUGCAGCUGUGCAAAACGUCCCCAGCGCUCUCCGGGGCGCUUGUGCGGGGUCUCGCGCCUCACUCAGCGUAUGCCCAGGGCUUGAUCCGUGGGCAACAGGCCAGGUCACAGGCACAAACGUCACACACAACCAAGAUUGAACACAAGUCCAGCGGACAAGAUGCAUACAAACGUAUGAAGAGUCGCCUUGGGUCUGGCACCAGCACGCAAAUUUCGGCCUCACGGCCCCAUAAUGAUCGCUCGCCUGCUUUUCGCGAGAAUCGAGACGGUCUACGCAUGCCCAGCUCACAAACUACCCCAAGGAUAAAGCGUGAAUAUCAAGCUAGUCCUACAGACUCAGACGACAGCACUAACAUUAUCGAUUUCCCCGAGGCCAAACGCGAAAACGAGUCUCGCAACCCAACUGCUGAUGGUAAUAGCUCCAGACAUUUCUCGACCUCCCGUCACAAUACCGAAAGGCUAGCCGUUCGUCAACGUCCUGCACACAACCACACACCUGAUGUGAAACCUAAGCUAUGCUUGCAGUGUGGCGAAAUGAUCAAAGAGGGGGAGACUAAUUGCUACUACCAUCCUGGCCACGAGCUCCCCACUGGUGCUGACGACAUCCCCCAGCACUCGUGCUGCGGAAAGUUCUCGGGCGAGCCUGGUUGCACGUCUGGUCGACAUGUCAGCGAAAGGACCGGGACGACCACCAAUUCAAAACGACCAUCGCCGUCUCCUUACGGCGGCACACAGUGGUUGAAGAAGCCUAGGGUUUUGUAG